AGGCAGACUUCACCUGGUCCAGCUCUUUACAGAAAAAUGUUCUUUUAUAAUGAAAAGUGCGCAAGCUAGACAUGUCCAUCACAUACCAUUCCAGUCUAAAUAUAUCAUCUGUUUUCCAAAUUUUAGAGAGCCGAUGAUUCCAAGCAAAUUUUAUUGUUCUCGUGGUAUAGUUACCAUGUUUUUCUUCUUUUUCCUCCACCCCCUACCAAACAUAUUUGCACAAUCCUUGUGCCGCCCCGACCAAAGAGAUGCUCUUUUGGAGUUAAAAAAGGAGUUCCCGGACCAUACCAAGGAUGACGAACGUGUAACAACACUUUCAUGGAACAAGAGCGUGGACUGCUGUUCUUGGUCAGGUGUCACAUGUGAUGAUAUACUGGGAGAGGUGAUAUCACUAGAACUCCAAUCUUAUUCUAGUGUUAAUACGUCUUUGAAAUCUAGCAGUGGUCUUUUUAAACUCCAGCAUCUUAGUCACCUAGACCUUUCACAUUGUAGUCUCAGUGGAGAGAUCCCUUCCUCCAUUGGAAAUCUUUCUCACCUUACAUAUCUUGAUCUUUCUUUUAAUCAACUCAUAGGUGAAAUCCCAACUUCAUUCGGUAACCUAAACCAACUAAGUUACUUGAGUCUUUAUAGUAAUGAUCUAAGAGGUAAUAUCCCUAGUUCAUUUGCCAACUUAGCGAAGCUUUCAAAUUUGAACCUAAAAUCAAAUCAGUUCACUGGUGGGACAUUAAUAGUAGCCAAUUUAACCAGCCUGUCCGAGUUAAACCUCUCUUUCAACCACUUCAAUUCUUCUCUUUCUGUAGACCUAAGUGGACUCCAAACCUUGGAGCGAUUCAUAGGAAAUGACAACUCGUUUUCUGGACCUUUUCCCUCAUCUUUGCUCACGAUUUCUUCAUUAGAAAUGAUUGCUCUAGAUCGAAACCAAUUCGAAGGCCCUUUAGAUUUAGGGAAUAUAUCUUCAUCAUCUAAGCUUGGGUGGUUUGGUGUUAGCUACAACAAGUUUGGUGGGCUAAUCCCAACAUCUAUAUCGAAAUUAAGCAGUCUUACAUUUUUAGGUCUUAGUCAUAACAGUUUCAAAGGAAAGGUCCCUAUAUCAAUAUCUAGUUUAGUCAACCUCACUUCCCUUGACCUUUCCUAUAAUAAGUUGGAAGGUCAAAUACCAUCUAUUUUGUGGAGAUCGUCUAUGUUGUCAUCUUUGGAUCUCUCUCGUAAUCUGUUCAGCAGCUUCAACAAAUCAGUAGAAGUUGUUGAUGGAGCAUCACUAAGAGAGUUAAGUCUUGGUUCAAAUUCACUCCAGGGACCACUUCCCCAAUGGAUCUGCAAACUAAAAAAUUUAUUGGCCCUUGAUCUGUCCAACAACCAUUUCACCGGUUCCAUUCCUCAAUGUCUGAAGAACUCCAGUUCUCUGUCAGAGUUAAGGCUGCGGAACAACAGUUUAAGUGGAUUUCUACCAGACAUAUUCACCAAUCUCACUAACCUAAGAUCACUUGAUGUCAGCCACAACAAUUUUGUGGGAAAGCUUCCAGCAUCCUUGAUCAACUGCACGUACAUGGAGUUUCUGAGUGUGAAAGGAAACAAGAUAAAAGACACGUUUCCGUUUUGGUUGGGCUCUUUGGAAUUAAAGAUCCUCGUGCUUCGGUCAAACGCAUUCCACGGUCCAGUCUAUAACCCUACUGAAUAUUUAGGGUUUCGAAGUCUACGGAUCAUAAACAUAGCCGACAACGAUUUCGUUGGAUCAUUGCCACAAGAUUACUUUGCCAACUGGACUCAAAUGUAUAUGGUGUGGAGUAAUGAAGAAUCACCAGAGUCGGAGUACAUGGGAGAUUAUACCCAUAUGUAUGAAGAUUCCAUUGAUUUGGUGUACAAAGGAGUAGAAACAGAUUUUACGCGGAUCUUUCAAGCCUUCAAAGCCAUUGAUUUUUCUGGAAACCGAUUUUCUGGACAUAUCCCUGGAUCCAUUGGUCUACUGAGCGAGUUGCGUUUUCUCAACUUGUCAGGAAACGCAUUCACAGGCAGCAUCCCACCAUCCCUGUCGAAUAUUACAAAGCUUGAAGCAUUAGACUUAUCACGUAAUAACUUGUCUGGUGAAAUUCCUCAAGGUCUCGGGAACCUCUCGUUUCUGUCAUACAUCAACUUCUCCUACAAUCACCUACAAGGUUUGGUGCCACAGACCACACAGUUUCAAAGUCAAAAAUGUUCUUCAUUCAUGGGUAACUCGGGACUAUUUGGACUCGAGAAAAUUUGUAAAGAAAACCAUGUCGAUGUCCCCGUUCCUACAUCGCAGCCACCCGAGGAGUCUUUGCCUGAUCCGAAAGAGCCAGUGUUGAAUUGGACAGCAGCAUCAAUAGUAUAUGGACCUGGUGUGUUUUGCGGAUUAGUCAUCGGAUAUAUCUUCACUUCAUAUAAACACGAGUGGUUCAUAGCUCGUUAAGCCUAUCUCUCACUCUUUUGUAAAUUUCUACUUGGUGGUUUUCUAAUAAACGCUGUCACUGAUGUCAGUUGUAAUGUUUUCAUGAUUUGUAUUAUGGUUCAUGUUGUUAAGGAUACAAGAUAUACGAGACAUCAAUAGUGAAUAUUCUCGU